AGGGCUGCUCUGUACUUGUGCAUUAGCUGGCGGUGUGUUCCGCCAUUGUUCGCGUCGCUCCGACAACAAAGCAUUUAAAGAGCCGGGCUCGCCAUUCCGACAGGCGCGUGUAGACAGCACUAACGGGCAGGCUCGUGUGAACUCUAAAUAUAUAUAAAAAUCAGAAAUCAGCAGCUGUUAACUUAUAGUGUUGCUGUAAGAACUGCAGCUGAGCCGGGCCCGGUCCGGGGGAGUGACAGCCUGCUGGUAUCGGUUCUAGAUGGUGAAUACCCUGUUACCAAUCAUCUACUGUUACCAGCCAGAGAGAUUUAUUACACUGCUGACAACAGGAAAGUUUGUGAGAAUAUGGAGUCGAAUGUGAAGGAGGAGACUGUGGAACCCAACCUGGAUGAGUCCAGCGUAGAAAAGACCAUUGUGAAGGACUUCAACAUGGUGGGUGAGACCACUGUAAAGGAGGAGAAUCUUGAGCCCAGUGUGGAGAAGAUCAUUGUAAAGGAGGAAACCAUGGAGUCCAACAUGGAGUCCAACAUGGAGUCCAACAUGGAGUCCAACAUGGAGUCCAACAUGGAGUCCAACAUGGAGUCCAACAUGGAGUCCAACAUGGAGUCCAACAUGGAGUCCAACAUGGAGUCCGAAAUCUUCAAUGCUCUGCAGAUGUCUUCUAGUACCUUCCACCUUGCACAGCGAAUUGACAACAAGGUGACCAGUUACCUGUGCUGUGAGUGCGGGAAAGCCUUCAGUCAGUGGAGAUACCUUCUAAUACACCAGAGAAUUCACACCGGAGAGAAGCCAUACUCCUGCACAGAGUGCAACAAGAGCUUCAGUCAGCAGAGCAGCCUGAAACUACACCAGAAAAUACACACCGGAGAGAAGCCGUACACCUGCGACGAGUGCGGAAAAUGUUUCAGAGACAAGGCGAAUCUCCGUGCGCACCAGCGGAUUCACACGGGAGAGAAGCCGUACCAGUGCUCGGAGUGCGACAAGAGCUUCAGCCAGCUGGGCUACCUCCAGCAGCACGAGCGCGUCCACACCGGUGAGCGGCCUUACGUCUGUGGCGACUGUGACAAAGCCUUCAAGAACCAGUGUGACCUCAACGCACACAAGCGCACUCACACCGGGGAAAAGCCAUACGUCUGUGGCGACUGCGGCAAGAGUUUCCGACAGGGUGGCUCCCUCAAGGUACACCAGCGAGUUCACACUGGAGAGAAGCCGUACGUCUGCAACGACUGCGGGAUGGCCUUCACUCAGGGAAGCGCCCUUCGGUCGCACCAACGCCUUCACACCGGGGAGAAGCCAUUCCCCUGUCCGGACUGCGACAAGACCUUCAGCCGGAACGACCAGCUCCAGGCUCACCAGCGAGUUCACACCGGAGAGAAGCCAUUCAGCUGCUCGGAGUGCGGCAAGAGCUUCAAUAACACCAGCAACUUACACCAACACAAGCGCAUCCACACUGGAGAGAAGCCAUACUGCUGCCCGGAGUGUGGGCGGACCUUCAGGCUUUCCACUGGACUAAAGAACCAUAAGUGCUCCAGGAAUCUGGACGAACCUAUUGAUCUAAGUGUCAAAUUAAACACUGUAAACUAGGGCUUUGCAAUUUAGGAGCAGUUUCCCCAGUCAGGCUUUAAGCAUAAUCUUGGACUACACAGCCAUUUUUGAAUGGAGAUUUUCCAUUGAAAGGAAAUUGUGACAGGAAAAUGAGGGAUAGUGUAACACUAGGCCUAACUCCUGUUUGGCAAAUAGACCAAUAUCAUUUCAGUAUCACAGUCAUCACAUUGCGGGCAUGCACAAUAACCUGGUAAACCUCUUUAGCUGCUCUUGCUCAAUGCAAAAUGAAAAUGAAAUAUCUACCAGAGACAGAUAAUAUCUGCUCAUUUUCAUUUAUUGUACUCCAGUAUUGGACACACAGAGUGCAUUAUUUAUAUAAUCACAUGUUGGAUCAUUGACAAUCUGGUUCUAAUUUCUGUAUCUUGUUUAAUGUCACACUAUUAUAAAUAUUGUGGGAGAAAAAAAGAUGUUGCAAUGUCAGUUUCAUUCAGCCCUACUUGUAAUUAGUUCGCCCACAAGUUUACACACAAACCAAAGCUCUUUAUAGGGAGGUACUGGAAUAACAGUACAAGGGUACUGUGAACUGGCUAAGCUAUUGCUGCUGCUCACUGAACCAACAACAUCUGCUGCUGCUGAACUCCAACACUCCUACUAUAUUAUAACUUUACUACAGAACAACUGCAGAUACUCAUAAUCUGCUCUAACGCUGCCGAACACACUAAGUUCACUGACUGACACCUAUGUGGUAUUUCGGUAUUUCAGUGAGAGUCAGUCUUGUGUGGUUGAACUUGAAUUCUUACUUGUUAGUUAGCUCAUAUCUUAUUUAUCUUUAAUAAGCUUAAAGGUUAAAAGAAUCCAAAAACAUUAAAUGAUGGGAGUGAUUGAAGGUGCCCUGACCCAAACAUAAGACAUUUCUAUCCUUUUUUAAGAUAAUUUAAUUAUUAUAAUUUUAUAUUUUAAUAAUAAGUGCCGAUCACCCUAUUAUUUUGUUAUAUUUUUAAUCAUUACUAUUAUUGCAUACAUUUGUGCCUGUCAAUACAGAGUUUUGUUGGUUCUUCUGUGCGGUCGAGGUGUUUUUGUGGUGUUGCAGGACUCGCUGAAGGGUGAGAGAUUUUCUGUUGACUACUGCUGUGGAGGAGUAGGGGAGUGACCCUGAGCUUUUUUGGGAGACACUACAUGAUAAGCUAUCUGGGCCAAGUUCUAGUAACCCCUCCCCCAAAUAGCUUUCUCCACAUGGUGUAAAAUCACAGGCAAACCAGAAGAGGCCAUCGCAUUCCUGCUCUACAUGGUGAAAAACUCAAGAUACGAGUCAGAAGAACUUUUCCUACUCUCAUUUAAUUCUCUUUCAUCAUUAGACUCAGAGACUUUAAAACAUUCAAAAGAUCACGGAGACAUAUGAGGACCGGACGUGUUUACAGACCUUUUUUUUCCACCUAAAUGUUUGAACUAAAGUUCAGAUGAAGCUUGAUGUGUUUGAUAGAUUGUAUACUGUACAUAAGGUCCUAUCUGGUUUGGAUUCACACUGCAGUUUAAUGACUGAGCACACUAAUGAACUUUAAUACAUCAUCUAUCAUCUAUGAUCUAUGAGUGCGGAGUCUCUCUAUACUUUACACUGAUUGAUUUUAGAAUGUUAUCAAUUUGGAAAGUUGCCUUUCCAGGUGUUAUGCUGAAUUCUGGGUUGCUGCCAGAAUGUGACUCCCUUUGAGUGUAGGUGUGUCACACAGCAGAAUGAGGAUUCAUUUUGUUCCUUUUGUUUUGUUUAUAAGUACGGAUUAAUCUACAGUUACAGCAGAUGCAGUCAAGUCAAGUAGUUUUAUUGUCAAUACUGCAUAUGUACACGACAUACAGAGAAUUGAAAUUACGUCACACUCCUUCCCAAAAAUUACAGCAAGUACAGAAAAUAGAUAUAUAAUAUUAAAGAAUGGGAGACACUAUAUGUACAACAAGGACACAAAUAGACAUACGUGAGACAGAAGACAAGAGUGCAAUAGUGAUGGUGGGUGAUUAAGAUGGAAUCACCAGAGUAAUCUUUUGUACACUUAGUGCUGGAGGCCAUGUCUGCAUGCCAAGGGGAGUCAGAUUUUGGCACAACACCACUUCUUUUUCUUUUUCUAUUGUUUAAUUGCUGAAGAUAGACUGUCUCAACUGGCUUUAAUGGGUCGGAAGGUUCAAAGCAUCUCAAGAACACUAACUUAAGCAUUGCAGACAAAACGUACCAUGGUUCAGCUGAUUCGGACAGAGACCACCUCUUUUGAUUUGACCAAAUUUUGAUUCUUAUGUUGGAGAUGAUCCUGGUACUGGUUAGCUACCGCUGUCAGGACCCCAGUCAUGGGGUUUGUAGUGAUCAUGGAUUUACUGUAGCAAAUCUGGAGUUUUUAUAAAUUUCUGUUAUGAUUUAUGUAUAAUUUGCACAAAGGUAUAAUUACUUUCACUAAAUGGGGGAGAGGACACCCAGAGGUGCUCUCACUCCCUCGCCUUGAUUCUCUCUCUCUCUCCCUCGCUCUCUUUCUGUUUUUCUUUUAUUGGGUUGUGAGUGUGUUGAUUGAUGUAAUUUUUUUUAACUGUACCUUUUCACUUACACUGUUUGUUUUUAUGCAUCCAUAUUUCAGAAACAUUUGAGUAAAAUUAUCGUUUAAUUUAAAUUUA